AUGUCGUCUACGGGAUCACCCGAGGCCAGUGCCUCUUCGACCCAGGUCAAACGAGGCGCACGAGCGUGUAAGUGCCAUCACCUACCGAGGACCUUCUCGGCCGACCGUCCCAUCCACUGCGCUCUCCGCCAUCGCUGAUGAUCGUUUCGCUCCCUUCACAGGUGUCCGCUGUCGAGCCGGAAAAGCACGAUGUGUCGCACCCUCGGGCAACCCACCGCAAGUUCUCUCCCUGACCGAGUGACCCGAGCUUCGGCAAAGUGGCCGAGGCCAGCGCUGAACCAGGAAAGCUCGCUUACCUUUCAACGACCUUGCACUCUUCAGAUGCGAGAGGUGUAAGAACUCAAACUCGGCCUGCGUGUUCGAGACGCCCAUGCAUGCCAAAGCCGUCGACGAGGAAAGGAUCGAGCGCAUGGAAUCCAGUCAGUCCAAAUCCCCAAGACUUCUGCUUGAAGAACCUCUGCCUACUAACCACUCUUGGCCCCUUCUGUUCUACCGCGCACCGAAAUAAAGCUCUCAAUGCGCUUUCCAACAACGUCGAGCGGUUGAUGGAGGCUUUCGGCAAGCAAGUUUCGUCGGCUGGCGAAUCACCAGCAGGAACCACCUCGAGUCGGAUCACCUCCGAGUUCGGUGCCGUCGCACCGGCGUACCCCCCCACUUUCCUGCCGCACCCCAACAACCCUGCCCUUCGACUCCCCGCUGCUUGGAACGCCCAGUCACCUUCGAACCCCAUGGCCUGGCCGCAAGACCCCAACGCUCCCGGCGUCGACCCACUCGCGAGCAACGCCAUGUCGAUCCCGAUUCCGAUCACCACCGCCGCACUCGAAUCAGGGUAUCCCUCUAAUACUGCGCCAGCACCACCGACGUUCGCUCACAUCCCAGCUUCUGCGAACUCCCACAAAAGGAACAGUGAUGGUUUGUUCGAUGGGGAAGCAUCAACGAGUCGGAGGGCAACGAAGUUUCCUCCGUUGCCCGGAUAUCGAGCUCCCCCACAUCCAAUCUCGACAUGUCAGUGAAUUCACUCUCUCAGUUCGGUGUAAGGCACUCUCUGAUUCCCGUUCUUACACAGAUGGCAUCAUUCCCUCUCGAGCGCAGUCCGAAGACGGCGAAGACGAUGCCUUGCCUUCCGAGUCGCUCACAGCCCCAUUCGAAGCCCUCGCCCAGGCGGCAGCCGAAGCCUCGGGGGACAUGAACACGCGAGCUACAGGAAGUGGCUACCUGACCCCUUUGGUCCACAAAGGUCGACCUCGGAAACGACCUCGAACUCAAGUCGUACCACCCCCGAACGCCUUUCCUGACGUUGUCGAAAAGGGCCAAGUCGAGGAUUCGACCGCGCGCGACGUCUUUGACAUCUUCAUCCAGAAUUGUCUCCCCUUCUUUCCCAUUCUCGACCCGGAUUACGAUCAGUACGGCUCGAUUCGAGAGCGGACACCAUGGUCCCUCAAUUCCAUUAUUGCCGUCGCCGCGACGAGGAUGGCCCAUUCGACGCCGGCAAUCCGAGCCGCUGCCGAAUACGGAUUGGAGGAGUCGCAGGGCAUUGCUCGAUCGUCAUUGUUCUGUCCGACAGUACGAAUCGAGGGUUGCAGCUCGAUGGCGAUCCUCGCGGCGUGGUCUGAACCAGGUUAUCUCGCAGGAGGGCACGCGCUACGCAUGGCCGAGGAACUGAACCUGCAUCGCGCAUUGGAGAAGCUCGUCGACGGAUCAAGAGAACGGUCCCUCACCGAACAACGCAACCUCGUCAUCUCGGCCAGGAUAUGGCUCUGCCUCUCCUUGCUCAACUACACCCUCUGCGCCAGCUCGGGUAGACCCCAUAACUUACAACAUGAUCUCGUCUCGUCGGAAAAACUCGACGCCUUCUUGGACCACCCCUUCCAUAUCGAGUCGGACGCUUGGCUCGUGGCCCAGUUCGAGUUGAUCGAGGCAAGGAGUAGGAUCGAGUCGAUGCAUGUGGUGAGCAUCACGUCGCAGAUUAUCGAAUUUGCAAGGAGGACGGCCAAGGAUCUGAGGGCAUGGCACGUCAAGUGGGACAGUAUCCUUGGUGAAUUACAAUAAACGGACAAAUCACGUCGAGGCUUUUGACUGACAUUGUGGCCUUUCCUCAGCGCGAAAGCAAUUGGACGAAUCCGUACAACGGCGUCGACUGCAACUGUCGCUCAAUACGACACUCCUCUUCCUCUACACAACCCUGCUCAAGAGACAAAGUCUCGGAUCCGCCGAGUCUCUGCCUGUGGUGAGCUGGCUCACUAAACUCCUCUCCCUCUCGAGCAGCUAAAAUGGCUGAUUCAAUAAGCGUUUCUAUAUCCAGGACGCUCGAGAGUUUGCCAUGUUGGCUCGUCAAGCCGCGAGUGUGAUCCUCAAUGUCGCGGCGCUGCCCUCAUUCCGCACGGCUAUCCGAUUCGCCACUCAGGACGUCUUCAUCGAGAUCAGUUGUGAGUGAAACUCGGUACAGCUAGCGACAAUGAGUACUUUGGACUCACCCCUCCCCUGCCUUUCCACUCUAGUCGCCUGCCUGCUCUACCUCAAGCUCUCUCGCCUCUUCCCCGAAGGCUUGGAUCUCUACGCCGUCGCCAAACAAUGCUGCGACCUCUAUUCUUGGCUUCGAGAAUAUCAAGCCCAACGCUUCAGUCUGACGAUCAAGAUCGCGGUUGAACGGUUCUCUGCUUCCGCCGGGUUCGCCAGUGACAUCUCGGCACUGUUCAACAAACUCGAGGCUUCGUCGAGCGGUGGAGGGUCAACGCAUUCAUUAGCGACGACGUUGAACGCCGCUUUGAAUCAUGCCGGCGGCGCGAUGUACGGUGCUAGAGGAGCAGCGACCAGCGGGACCAGCGGGAAUACGAACGGACCCAAUCCUGGUGGAGGAGAAGCCCAGAACGGAGCUGGCUUACUCGGUGACCCGAACGGGCUUCCCAAUUCGGCCCUUGCGGGAAUCUGGCCCAACCCCGCCGGACUCGGCUCCGUUGAUGUGCUUUCCCUCCCCGUGUCGGAUAGUAAUUGGGUCGGAUCCGAGGUCUUGCCCGAGUGGUUGCAAGGUGAUGAGGUACGUCGACUUCAACGCGUUCUUUGAUCAUUGGUAGUGUGAGAGGAAACUGACUCGAGCUUGGCCAACCUUUGUAGGAUUGGACUCUGGACUCGGCUUUCAACGACGGUAUCGAUCGCUUGUUCUUGCCCCAGUAAGCUCUGGUGACCGACUCUCGACUAUCAUGUCGAUCAUCCGGCACUGACUGGCCCUGCUUUAUAUUGGAACAGGUGGAUGACGUCGAUGGCACCGGACACGUUCAACCACGAGUGGUGA